ACGAAAAUUUCACUUUGGACACCAAAAACUCAAUAUGCCUCGUUAAUACAUAUUAUUAUUAUUAAUGAAAUAUUUGGUCUACGUGUAUUUGAAUCAAAAAAACGAUUACGAUAUAGCUGGAAUAUAAUAUAUAGUUCCAUAUGCAUUAUUUUAUAUGUUGCAUUUAUAUAUGCAAUAAUAAUCCACAAUUACAAAAAUUGGCCUGCAUAUGAAGAACUCAGUUUUAAAAUGAUUUCAUUCAUUAGCAUUAUAUGUGUCAUGAUAUUUAUAAUUUUUGGAAUGAUGAAUACAGAAGUAAUUAAACUUUCACAUAAACUUAAUCAAGCAUAUACUUAUCAAAUUCUAUUAGAUUUAAUAGUGCAAUUUUCAAUAAUAUUGAACACACUUUAUAACAUAUAUUUUUAUUUAAUAUCAAUAAACUUAUCAAAAAUAUUAGAUAAAAAAUUUAUAGCAUUUUUAAUAUGGACUUUUUUACAUUCUAUAAGAAUUAUUCUUGUCAAUAAUCAUUGUACUAAUUUCUAUCAUGAAGUUGAAGUAACAGCACAUUUGCUGCAAGAAUUACAAAUUUGCUAUUUGGAUAAUUCCAUCACAGACGAGGUGCAACAAUUUUUAUUACAACUUCUUCUUCAUCCUUUAAAAUUUACUGCUGGUGGUUAUUUUAUUCUUAAUAAUAAAUUAUCAACAAUAUUUUUUGGUAAUUUAAUAACUUAUUUGAUUAUAUUAGUACAAAUAAGUUCACCAAAUAUAAUAAAGCCAAACUUCUGA